CUUGCAUAACUCCUAGGGAUAUGAUUUAUUGCUCCUCAUCAAGGUCUUACGAAAUAUUCUCUUUGACUGUUCUUAUAGAUGCUGAGAGAUCUGAACAUAAAUCCAUAAGGAGCUUCAUUCAUCUGGACUAAGGCUGGCCGUCAGUGUGGAGUAACUGUGGAGGGAGCAGCGUGCGUGUGUGUGUGUGUUUCCAUGCCCUGGUCGUGCGGGCGGGCGGCUUGAGUCUCAGGGAUGGAGCUACAGGUUCGGACGGUUGGGACCCGCUGGAUGUCGAUGCUGCUUCAGCUGGGAGUGCUGUGGCUGCGCUCGUCCACUCAGGCGAACGUGUUGGAAAGCAUGUUACAGAGGAAUUCUGGGAAGGAGAGCAGCAGCAGCGUGACAGCAGUGAUUCCAGAGAGGAUGUUAUUGUGUCACUGUUAUCAUCACUGUCCUGAAGACUCCACCAAUAACACCUGCAGGACUGAUGGUUACUGCUUCACUAUGGUGGAGGUAGAGGAGGGCGGCUCUCCGUUGCUCACGUCUGGCUGUCUGGGGUCAGUGGGCUCAGAGUUUCAGUGCAGGGACACUGGGAACGCUCUUCGGAGGAGGAUCAUAGAAUGCUGCACGGAUCAGGAUUUCUGUAACCGAGACCUCCAUCCGACACUGCCUCCGCUCAAGAGCUCCGAUCAGGGCAGCAGCAUUCAUCACACGGCUCUGUACACCUCGGUGUUCAUCUGCUGCAUCAUGCUGAUCUUCAUCCUCAUAUACUGCUACUACAGGUAUAACCGUCAGGUGACACAAGCGUGCUACAGCAUGGGUCUGGAGCAGGACGAGAGCUUCAUCCCGGCCGGAGAAUCUCUGAAGGAUCUGAUCGAACAGUCUCAGAGCUCCGGCAGCGGAUCUGGACUCCCUCUGCUGGUGCAGCGAACCAUUGCCAAACAGAUCCAGAUGGUGAAGCAGAUCGGGAAGGGCCGUUACGGUGAGGUGUGGAUGGGCCGCUGGAGGGGCGAACGUGUCGCUGUAAAGGUCUUCUUCACCACAGAAGAGGCCAGCUGGUUCAGAGAGACCGAGAUCUACCAGACCGUCCUGAUGAGACACGAGAACAUCCUUGGUUUCAUCGCAGCGGAUAUCAAGGGCACAGGCUCGUGGACUCAGCUGUAUCUGAUCACGGACUAUCACGAGAAUGGCUCGCUGUACGACUACCUCAAAUCCACCACACUGGACACCAAUGCGUUGCUGCGCCUGGCAUACUCCGCUGUAUCCGGCCUCUGCCACCUGCACACAGAGAUCUUCGGCACACAGGGCAAACCGGCCAUCGCUCACCGAGAUCUGAAGAGCAAAAACAUCCUGGUGAAGAAGAACGGCACCUGCUGCAUCGCUGACCUUGGGCUCGCCGUCAAAUUCAUCAGUGACACUAAUGAAGUGGACAUCCCACCCAACACGCGGGUUGGCACCAAACGCUACAUGCCUCCGGAGGUGCUGGAUGAGAGCCUGAACCGCAGUCAUUUCCAGUCCUACAUCAUGGCCGACAUGUACAGCUUUGGCCUGAUCCUAUGGGAGAUGGCCAGGAGAUGUGUGUCCGGUGGGAUCGUGGAGGAGUAUCAGCUGCCGUAUCACGACCUGGUGCCGACCGACCCGUCCUACGAGGACAUGAGGGAGGUGGUGUGCAUCAAGAGACAGAGACCCUCGUUCCCGAACCGCUGGAGCAGCGAUGAGUGUCUGCGGCAGAUGGGCAAACUGAUGACAGAAUGCUGGGCUCACAAUCCCGCUUCCCGUCUGACCGCCCUGCGGGUGAAGAAGACGCUCGCCAAGAUGUCCGAGUCUCAGGACAUCAAACUGUGACCCGAAAGUCACUCCGUCCCGAGAGUCUGGAGAGAAAAAGCGGCUUUAUCCUGCUUUCUGUGAAAGUUCACUCAAGCCACUCGCCCUGCAGGUCAUCAC